GCACUAGUGGGUUAAAAGGCAGCAGCUGGGGACCCUCCCCUCCACCCUCGUCGGAAGCUAGGUGCCCAGCUACAGCCAUAUGGCUACCGCCAGCCCUGCUGGAGAGGCUAAGGGUGGAAUCCGAAAGUGGGAGAAGGAGAAGAGGGAGGAAGAGGAAGAGGAGGCAGCAGUGGGGGCAUGGGCGGGAGAAGAGGCCGCGAGCUCGCCCUGGGCUCUGCGGGCCCCGAGGAAGAAGGCCCAGGAUGAGGACCCGGUGGAGGUCAAGCUGGAGCUGCACCCGCUGCGGAACAGGUGGGCUCUGUGGUUCUUCAAGAAUGAUCGCAGCCGGGCCUGGCAAGACAACCUGCAUCUGGUCACCAAGUUUGACACCGUGGAGGACUUUUGGGCGAUGUACAGUCACAUCCAGUUGGCCAGUAAGCUCUCUUCCGGCUGUGACUACGCCCUGUUCAAGGACGGCAUCGAGCCCAUGUGGGAAGACAGCAGGAAUAAGCGCGGUGGCCGCUGGCUGGUCAGCCUCACCAAGCAGCAGCGCCACAGUGAGCUGGACCGCCUGUGGCUGGAGACCCUGCUGUGUCUGAUCGGGGAGAGCUUUGAGGAGCACAGCCGGGAGGUGUGUGGGGCUGUCGUCAACAUCCGCACCAAGGGGGACAAGAUCGCCGUGUGGACGCGGGAGGCGGAGAACCAGGCGGGCGUGCUGCACAUUGGGCGUGUCUACAAAGAACGCCUGGGCCUCUCUACAAAGACUGUCAUUGGGUACCAGGCCCCAGACACGGCUACCAAGAGCAACUCCCUAGCCAAGAACAAGUUUGUGGUGUGAGGGGGCCUUGGCACCAAUCCCCACGCAGCCACUCUGAGCCUUGCACUGCUGUGUGUGUG